AUGGUUGCAAAUUGCUUCACCCCAAGGGUCUUGGUGAAAUACAUGAAAUACAAGCUCUCACCAAUCCAAUCUUGGUACAGCAAACGUCUCAUUCACUCGUUUGCCUUGAGAGACUAUCAACAAGAAGCUAUAGAUUCCAUUUUGGAGGCAUCUGAAUCGGGAGUGAAGCGACAAGCAAUAGAAAUGGCUACAGGGAGUGGUAAAACCGUGGUUUUCAGUCAUUUGAUUCCAUUAUUGAAAGGGAAAGGAACAAAGACUCUAGUUUUAGAACAUACACAAGAAUUGAUAGCCCAAUCUUAUGACAAGAUCACCAGAAUCAACCCAGAUUUAAGAGUAGGUAUAGAAAUGGCAGAAUCACGAGCAAGACUUAAUGAUGAUGUUAUUGUUGCAUCAGUACAAUCUUUAGCUACCAAUAAAAGAUUUACAAAAUUUAACCCUGAUGAUUUCAAAACCAUUAUUAUCGAUGAAUGCCAUCAUGCAGUUGCACCAACGUAUCAAAAAAUUUUGAAACAUUUCAAGGCUGAUACCAAAAACACUAAUAUUAAUGUCAUUGGAUUUACUGCAACUUUGGCACGUGCUGACAAACAAAUGUUAAAAGCAGUAUUUGAUAGAAUUGUAUUUCAAAGGUCUCUCGCUACCAUGAUCUUUAAUAAAGAAUUGGCACUGUUUAAAGCAUCAAAAUUAUAUUUUAAAAGAUUGAAUUUGUCUAAUGUUAAAAUGAAGGGUAAAGAUUAUGAUCCUAAAGCUUUAUAUAAUGCGGUACUUAAAGCAGGUAUCAAUGAACAUCUUUUAUUAGCUUAUAUGGAAUUGGAGAAGGAGUACAAGAGUACAUUAAUUUUCUGCAUUAAUGUUGAGCAUUGUCGUGAGGUAUGUGCCUUGCUUCAGAAGCAAGGUGUAGAUGCACGAUAUGUGAUUAGUGAAACGUCAAACUCCGAAAGGAAAACUAUUGUUGCAGAUUUCAAACAGGGGAAAUUUCCUGUCUUGUGCAAUGUUACUGUGUUUACAGAAGGUACAGAUAUACCAAAUAUCGAUUCAAUAAUUCUUGCACGGCCCACAAAACUGAAACCAUUGAUGAUUCAAAUGAUUGGUAGAGGGUUGCGUUUGCAUAAGGAGAAAAGUCAUUGUCAUGUGGUAGAUUUAGUGGGAAUAAUGGAUGAAAAUUUGGAACUUAAAGCAAUUUUGGAAGGUAAGCAAUUACAAAUGAAGAAGGCAAAAGAUGGUACAACCUCAAAAAUUGAGUCUCGAGAUCAAGUAAAUUAUUUUGAAAAUGAUCGCAUAUCAAAGACGAUAGAAUGCGCUCUACAGAUUCAUAGCAAGAAUAUUGUCGAGUUAAGAAGUGUUGAUGGUUUGGAACUAUUCAGGGAAUAUAUGCUGGAUGUGGGAGUUGGUGGUAGAUACAACACGCUUUUUCUAAUUAAAAAAAUCACUGGUUAUGGCCAAACAGAGUACCAGUUGACAUAUAAUAAAUUUAUCAAAGAAGAUUUUUCAACUUAUCAAGAACUUGAAUUUAUUGGCAAAAGUAAUAACGUACUUGAGUUGUUACGAGAGCUAGCAGAAAGAUUUCCUGAAGAUGCAAGACAUGCCGCCAGCUAUAGGGACUUUGAGAGACCUUGCGAUUACUCUCAAGUAAGCUUUAUAAUGUCUCAUUUAACUGAAAAAAUAACUGAAUCAAGUUUAAAGUAUGGAUUCGAUGAAGAACAACUAAGGGGAAAUGUGAAUGAUGCAGUUCAUGCUAUGCCGUUGGUAACUGGAUACAGAUUCAAAUUGGCAUUGAUGUAUUCGUUGAACUGUGACUAUUCUUCAUGGAAAGCAAAUCAAAUUUUAGCAGAAUCAAUAAAGAAUUAUUACAAGAUAGAUACAUAUAAGUUAUAG